AUGUCAGGCGAUCUCACUUCCCAGGUGCUUAAUGCCCUGGACAAGGCCGAGCCCAUCCUCUCGACCGAGACCUUCCCAGGCGUCCCCUUUGCCGAGUUGAAGGCCGUUCUCGACAGACUUGGUUCGCGAUCCAUGGUCGAGUACAAGCAGCUGGAGCGAGAGGAGGCUACCCUGGAGCCCGAGGGACAGUCUAUUGCCGACAAUGGUAGCCACGAAGCUCGUGUCUUUGAGGCGCUGAGCAAGGCCAUGAAGGCCCUGACAGUACAAGAGAUUCAGGCCGCUGUCGGUGACAAGAACGUCGCCAAGUUCGGUCAAGGAAAGGCCAUGCAGGCCAAGUGGAUAGCAAAGGCAGAGGGCGGCAAGUUUGCUGCUGCUGUCGAUUCGAUAAAAGACACUACCCGUGAACAGCUCCAAAUCAUCCAGAAGGAGCGCACUCUACCCGACGCCAAGGUCCUGGCCGACUUCAAGAAAAGAAAGCUGAUCAAGACGCAAAAGGUCAUUAGCUUCAGCAUUACAAAGGGCCCAAAGUUCGCACUGGAGCUGGUCAAGGAGGAGACUGACCUUACCGAGGAGAUGCUGGCCACGGGCUCGUGGAAGACGGCCACCUUCAAGCCUUACAACUUCAAUGCCCUGGGAGCCGACCAGCACGCCGGAGCACUCCACCCUCUCAUGAAGGUGCGACACGAGUUCCGAAACAUCUUCUUCGAAAUGGGAUUCGAGGAGAUGCCCACAGACCACUUUGUCGAAUCCGGCUUCUGGAACUUCGACGCCCUCUUCGUCCCGCAACAACAUCCUGCUAGAGAUCUUCAGGACACUUUCUACAUCUCAGACCCAAAGUUGGCGCACAAGCCACGGGCCGAGGACUCUGAGGACAAGAAGGACUAUGACACAUAUUUCGAGAACAUCAAGCAAGUGCACGAGAAUGGAAAGUAUGGUUCGAUAGGCUACCGAUACCCAUGGGCCGAGGACGAGUCUCUGCGUCUGGUCCUCAGAACUCACACGACUGCCAUUUCGACAGCCAUGCUUCACAAGCUAGCGGACAAGCGCGGCCUCGAUGGCAAGCCGCCGCCAGCACGAUACUUCUCCAUUGACCGUGUCUUCAGAAACGAGACUGUCGAUGCCACCCAUCUUGCCGAGUUCCACCAGGUCGAGGGUGUCAUUGCAGACUACGAUCUGACACUGGGUGGUCUUAUGGAGUUCAUGACGAUCUUCUUCAAGAAGAUGGGCAUUGAGGACCUACGCUUCAAGCCUGCAUACAACCCCUACACUGAGCCCAGUCUGGAAAUCUUCUCUUUCCACAAGGGUCUCAACAAGCUGGUCGAGAUUGGCAACAGUGGCAUGUUCAGACCGGAAAUGCUCGAGGCCAUGGGCCUGCCCGGUGAUAUGAAGGUCUAUGGUUGGGGAUUGAGUUUGGAGCGGCCGACCAUGAUCAAGUACGGCAUCUCCAACAUUCGAGAGCUACUGGGACACAAGGUGGACCUGAACUUCAUUGAGAGAAAUCCGGCUGUGCGACUAGACAAGAGCUAG